GUUAGGGCUGGGGAUAGCAGCAGCAGCAGCAGACAGAGAGGAGAGAGAGGUGUGAGAGCAGAACACAGCGCCUCUUCUGCACAAGCAUCCGUGCAGGGCGUGUGGAUGUGAUGCCCACCCGGAGAGACAUGGUGUAAACAAACCCGCUUUGCCCCGUCACUGAGCUCCACCACGGAGGUUGCUUGCCACGAUGUUGAGCCGUCUGUUCAGUGAGGUCCUGCCGGACGUCCAGAGGCUCGCGGCGGACUGGGCGGAGGGCACUGAAAACGAGGACAGCAAGGACAAGGUCGGAAAGCACGAGGCCUGUGACCUCGAUGAUGACGACCUGGACGACCCGCUGGAGGGGAGCAGCCGAGCCGAGUCUGAGAUGGCCGGCGACGACGAUGAUGAUGAUGAGGAUGAUGAUGAAGAGGCCGAGGAAGAGGGCGACGAUGAGAACAGUGAAGGCAAACCCAAGAAGCGCGGCCCAAAGAAACGUAAGAUGACGCCGGCGCGCGCGGAGCGCUCCAAGGUGCGCCGAAUGAAGGCAAAUACGCGGGAGCGUACGCGCAUGCACGAUUUGAAUUCUGCGCUGGACAGUCUGCGCAAAGUGGUGCCAUGCUACUCCAAAACACAAAAACUGUCCAAGAUAGAGACUCUGAGGCUGGCCAAGAAUUAUAUUUUAGCCCUGGGGGAGAUUUUACGCAACGGGAAACGGCCAGAUGUGGUGGCCUACGUGCAGAUGUUGUGCAAAGGCCUGUCCCAGCCCACUACCAACCUGGUGGCAGGCUGUCUGCAGCUCAACACCAGAAACUUCCUGACUGAGCCGUGUGCAGAGGGAGCCCGCUUCCACGUGCCCAGCUCUCCUUUCUCCGUGAAUCCCUACUCCUACCGGUGUUCCCGCAUCUCCAGCCCGCAUUACCAGGCCGGGGGUGCAGCGCUUAACGUGCGGGGCCAUUCCUACGGCUCCGGGUACGAGGCCGUGUACCCCCCAGGUGGGACGUCCCCUGAGUACAACAGCCCGGACUACGAGGCCCCGCACAGCCCGCCCGUCUGCAUAAACGGUGGCCUGAGACAGCAGGAGGCUCCAGAGGCAGACAGGAACUAUCAUUACUCUAUGCAUUACUCCGGACUGACCACGUCUCGGCCCAGCCACAGCAUACCAUAUGGGCCCUCGGGAGCGCGCAGUGGCGGUGCGCACUCAGAAAACAUUCCACCUUUUCACGACGUGCACCUGCACCAUGACAGGGCGCCCCCGUAUGAGGAUCUCAAUGCUUUUUUCCAUAACUGAGUCCUCCUCACAAUCAGACAUUGAAAUGACAAUCCUAACGUGUAAUAUUGUUUGGGAAGCAGGAGAAGAGAGAUUGAAGUGGCAAAAAAGAUUCCUCCGAUUACCUUCUGUAUUCUACUGAUGUCAUCCCUAUACUGUUGUACAUCCCAUCAGUGUGUCCAGUAAUAUCCUGUAUGCAGAAUGAGUGCAAUUGACAUAAAAGAUGUAUAGGCCUAAACAUGUUAUGACACAAACAACAGAAAUAAAAAAAAAAAGUUUUAUAACUGUC